CCUCGUUCAGUUCUGUUGCAUUCGACAACAACAAUUCACCACCGAACGUCUCUACACGCAAUUGCUACUCCCCAGCUAAUUAUGCGGACGCCGUACCCUCCAUAAACCCCUUUCCAACAAGACAUUCGUUUAUAUAUAUCCCACAAUGGCACCCCAAUCCCUCCACCUCACCCUAGCAAACCUGCUCAUCCCCGUCGCGAUCCUGACCUUCGCGGCGGGAUUCUUCCCCUACAAGCCAUUCAUGCCCGGGCUCGCGACGUUCGAGGAGCUGCGCUGGGACGACAAGUGGGAUUGGCAGCGCAGGGGGACGCCGGAGAGGAAGUUCGAUAGGCUGGUUUUCAUGGUGGUAGAUGCGCUGAGGAGUGAUUUCGUGUAUGGGAAUGGGAGUGGGAUGGAGUUUACGCAGAGCUUGAUCCGCGACGGCGCCGCCCUCCCCUUCACAGCGCACGCAACCUCCCCGACCAUAACGAUGCCCCGCGUCAAGGCCAUCACGACAGGCUCGAUCCCCUCGUUCCUCGACGUGAUCCUCAACUUCGCAGAAUCGGACACGACGUCGACGCUCGCGGCGCAGGAUACGUGGCUCGCGCAGCUGCGGGCGCAGGACGGCGGGAAGGGGAGGCUCGUCAUGUAUGGCGACGAUACGUGGUUGAAGCUUUUCCCCGGGUUCUUCGAGCGCCAGGAUGGGACGAGCAGUUUUUUUGUUUCGGAUUUCACUGAGGUGGAUAACAAUGUUACGAGGCAUGUUCCUGGCGAAUUGCUGAACACGGAUUGGAAUGCUAUGAUCAUGCAUUACCUAGGCCUGGAUCACAUCGGGCAUAAGACGGGGCCACUUGGACCCAACAUGAUACCCAAACAAGUCGAAAUGGACUCGAUAGUCCGCGACAUCUACACGGCCAUCGAGAACGAAGAACACCUCGAAAACACACUGUUCGUCCUGGCAGGCGACCACGGGAUGAACGAGGGCGGCAACCACGGCGGAUCGGCUCCGGGAGAGACGUCCCCCGCCCUCGUCUUCAUGUCGCCGAAGCUGAAGAAGAUCACCGAGUUCACGGAUCGCACGAGUCCUGCGGAGCCUAAGGGCGAGUUCGAGUAUUAUAAGAAGGUCGAGCAGAGCGAUAUCGCGCCCACGCUGGCGGGGUUGCUCGGGUUCCCGGUGCCGAGGAAUAAUCUCGGGGUGUUUAUUGAGGAGUUUUUGUUUCUUUGGGAUGAUGCUUCUGAUCGCAUUCAAUUGCUCCUACGAAAUGCGGAGCAGGUCAAGAAGAUCGUCGAAGCUACCUAUCCGAACUUGUACUUUGGCUAUGACCGUAAGGACUUUAAGACAGAUUGCGGACAGUCUCUUUCGGAUGGCGAGAAGUUGGCUUGCAAGUGGAGUGGCGUGGUAGAUAUCAUGGGGACCUUUGCUACGAUUCAUCCGAGAUUGAGGAUUAGCCAAUUGUACUGGUUCCUCCGCGCUGCUCAAGAGACCAUGAGCACCACUGCAUCAAACUACGACGUCUCCAAACUGGUCCUGGGUACCUCUAUAGCUUUUGCGGCGUUCAGUCUAGCCUUCUUCUCACUCAACCGCACUCGGCCUUUCUCAUUCACCGGGAUCUUCUUCACGCUUACUCUGCUGCUCUACGGCGUCCUCAUGUUCGCAUCCUCCUACGUCGAGGAAGAGCAGAACUUCUGGUACUGGAUGACAUCCGCCUGGUUCUUCUACCUGUUCAUGCAAGCCUCUCGCGAGGCCUGGCAGUCAUGGUUCAUCUUCCACCCCGCCAUCGUCCUCCUGUUCCUCCACCGCAUCACACGACGAUGGAACCAGACCGGGCAGAAGUUCGCCGGGGCACCGGACAUUGUGCACUCGUCACUGUUCCGAGGGAGCAGCAGUGUCGUGCUGUGGAGCUUGAUUGGCGCGUGCUACAUGGACAUCACAAUGCGUCUUGCGCGACACGUCGCCCGAUCAGUUGCUGGAAAAGACGACCCACCCGGCAAGGAUGGAAAAGUGGAAGAGACCAACGAGGGGGAGCGGCUCAUGGGAAUGAUGGCCGUCUUCCCCCUCGGCGCAACGGCAUUCGUGUUCAAGUUGGCAUUCACCGUGAACGACGCGCCCGAGUUGACCAGGGGAAUCGCACAUGGGAUGCUCUACUGGGCUGCGAGUCUCGAAUUGGUCGGUCUAGCGAGGAUGGUGUUUGGAGGUAUCGCUCUCGUCACGGGCUGGAUGGUACUCUAUGAGUGGCGAGCCUCGAGGGCACGAAUGAGUUCGGAGCAGGGCAAUGGCAAUCUUGCGGUCUCGCUCUUCGACCUAUUCACCCUAUUCCUCAUCACGCAGACCAAAGCAGAAAACAUCCCCCUCUACCUCAUCUUCCGCAUGCAAACCUUCCUCCUAUCAUUCCUCGACCUCUCCCCCACCGCCAUAUCCCUCACCAGCCUUCUCCUCGGGCAAACCACCUUCUUCGCCCUCGGAAACAGCAACGCCAUCUCCUCGAUCGACCUCUCCAACUCCUACAACGGCGUAUCAGGCUACAACGUCCUCGCCGUCGGCGCCCUGCUCUUCGCAUCCAACUGGGCGGGUCCUAUAUACUGGAGCCUCGUCGGCGUGCUCCUGCUCGGCAGCCACGGCCGCAAGCAGCGCCACAUCGCGACGGGAGAACUCGACGCGCGGGACUGGGUCGCCGUGGAGCGGGAGCACCUGAUCAAGCUUGCGGAGCGGGAGAAAGAGGGCGCGGAGCGGAGACAAGAUCCCGGGGCUUGGAGGCAGCAUGUUGGGUUGCUUACUUUGUUCAUCUCGGGGGCUACUGUGGCGGUCAUGUUGGCUUGCACGGUGCUGAGGCAGCAUUUGUUUAUUUGGACGGUGUUUAGUCCGAAGUACCUCUUCGCGAUGGCGUGGGGUGUAGGGCAUCAUUUGGGUGUUGAUGUCUUGCUGGGUGGGUGUUUGUGGUGGCUUGGGACGUGGUGAAUGUGAAUAUACUGUGCUGGUUACAGUGAUCUAUAG